UUUUGGGGAUUAGGCCUCUGUUUGAGUUAAGGCUCAGUGUCCGUCUGUGGGCGGUUGUGUUCAAGUCACUAUUUCAUGUUUUCUAGGUUUUUCUGCCUCUACCUGGAUUUCUACUUCCACUGAAAUAUUUUAGGAGACAGUUUGAUGUCUGAAGAUUCAUUAAACUCUCGGGAAUCUGCCUCGACCGUCUACAAACACUGAAAAUGUUGCUGCUCUGUGUUCUCCUGACAAUAGGACUGACCUCUGGUAAGGAACCUUUAAGAUCCUGAUCGUCUUUCAUUCAAACUACAUUUUAUCUCUUGUUUUUAUGAAUCGGACUGUUUGCUUUACAUCAUCCUGAGGUUAAAGGUCUUUUUAAAAAGUUUACAAAGGAAUAACUUACAAAACACAUCAUGUGAAUCACUAUUUAUUUCCAGUGAAUAUAUAUCCUUUAUAGUCUUUUUACAAUGUUGUGUACUCUUGUAGUAGUAUGGUGUUGCUGUUUUGGUCCAUUUCUCCUUUCACACACUGACAGUGUCUUGGUCCAAAGGUUAUAUGUGAGCAGGCUCCUGCCCAAAUGUUGCAGCUGGUUUUACCAAGCACCUGAGCUCCUCUGUAAACCUGGACUAAACUCACCAGGUCCUAUAUCUUGUCAUUUGUAUUGUUGUAUUGUGUCUCAUCAGGCUACCGUAGUCCCUUGAAUGACUUCCAACGCUCUGAGGGCCGGGAGCUGGUCCCUACCUCCUGGAACUCAGCUCGGGUCCUGCUCUUACCUGAUCUAGACCUGGAGGACUGCGCCACACGCUGCUCACAGUCUCUGGACUGCAGGUAUCAAACCUGAAACGGCUUCAAUUCAGCAUCACGUGCUACUUUUGUGCAAAAUCUGAGAUAUUGAAUACUCUUUGCGUCAUUUUUUUUUUAGUAAGUCCUGAAGAUACAGAGCAUAUUCAGCGCUUAAUUGCUCUCUGCAAAGUCACAUAUAGGACUUUUCCGCUUUGAAUAUUUCCUCAAACUGGCAGAGAUAUUUCUUUUCAACAAAAGCAGUCCUACCAUCCGAUUCCAACCAGGACAAAACUGAGGUUUCAAUAAUUGGUUCAAAGGCUCAGAGAGAGAAACUGACCCCCAAAACUCUGUCCAUCUUACUGUUUUUAUGUCUUUGUCUUAUUAUCUUGAAUUUUACGUACCAUGUAAAGCGUCUUUGAGUGUUUUUAAAAGCGCUGUACAAAUAAAAUGAAUUAUUAUUAUUAUUAUUAUUAAAAUAGGACUUAACCCCGGCCAAGAAGGACGAACUCUCGGGGUGGUCUUUGAUGCUGAUUUUAACUUUAAAACUCAUGCUAGGGGGGUCACUAAAACAGCCUUUUACCAUCUUAAAAACAUUGCAAAAUUACGACCGUUACUCUCUCUAAACCAGACAAAGAGACUGAUGCACCCUGUUAUAACCAGCAGGCUUGACUACUGUAAUUCUGAGAUGAUUUUAAUGUAUGAACCAGGGUGGCCUCUCAGAUCCUCUCAAUCUUCUCUUUUAGUCGCUCACAGAGCAGAACAAAAAGAUUUGGUGACGCUUCUUUUAGCUGCUAUGCUCCAAAACUGUGGAACAAACUUCCAGAGGGUCUGAGACAAGCUGCAAACAUAGAAAUCUUUAAACAUAACCCUAAAAACUCAUCUAUUUAGCCUGGCUUUUAUGUAAAGAUUCAUUAUUUUAAUUACUAUUAUGAUUUAUUUAUCUUUCAGUAUCACUUUUUAAACAAAGGAAGCCCUCCGUACAUCUAUAAAACAAGACGGGUGUGUUGGAGAAAAGAGACCAAAAUGUAGCAAAGGGAUUCCCGCACACUGUCCAACUUACAAUCAAUCAUUUAUUUGCAACGUUUCGGUACUAGACCUUCAUCAGGCAAACAGUCAAACAGCAAAAAAAAAGGAAAAAUCUUAGUGAUGACAAAAACAUUUGCAGAUUCCACAUUUCUUAGAAAUUCGGCACAGCCAUAAUGUUGUCGGUAUCUGGAUGACUCUUUCUGUUGUUGUCAUUCACUGUCAUUGUAAGCGUGUGUAGUUCAAAAUGCACAAAAUGAACUUUGGAUCAUUGUUAUUAGAUGUAUAUUUUGAUGAUAGAUGUGCCCUUUUGUACUAGAUAUGGAGAUUUGUUAAUUCAAUAUGUCUGUUUUUAACUUAAUAUGUAAACUUAUCUCCUAAAAAUUAUUUUAAAAUACUGAUUAAUUUAUAAUUGAUUCACUAUGUUAUGGAUUUCUCUUCUGGACAUGUGGGUGUUACUUCAGACUGAUGUCACACAAAGUGUUUUGUUGUUUAUUUGCUGUCUCUGAUGAUGAUUUUGUCCCUCUGUGUUUAUGCGUUAGAACGGGAUUGGUCAUGGAGAAACGACCACUCCUUAUUUAAGAUGACUUCUCUUGAGCAAAAAACUGUUUGCCUGAUGAAGGUCUAGAACUGAAACGUUGCAAAUAAAUGAUUGAAAAGUUGGACAGUGUGCGGGAAUCCCUUUGCUACAUUUUGGUAUCACUUUUUACCUGAUUUUAUUAAUAAAUUCAAAGUUUAUAUUUUAUUGUCUGUUUUAGUCUAUUUUAAUAACUUUCAUUUUUCUUGUCCUGAUGUAAAGCACUUUGAGCUGCUAUUUCAUUUAUGAACAGUGCUAUAUAAGUAAACUUUGAUUGGUGAUUGAUUGAUCUUUUUUGUAUCAAUCGACAGGAUUUUCAUUCAUUUUCAUUUUCUAAAACCUGAACUUUUGUGAUCUGAAUCUUUGUCCAGAAAGAAGGAACUCCAAUUCAACAUAGAGGGGGUAAUACUAAUAAGACCAAAUAAUAGACUACAUAAAUAAAAUCACAGCCUGGCUUUAAGUCAAUCUGACUAUCAUAAAAGUUCACAAAGGUAAAGAAAAAAUUAUAAAAAGAGAAGAAAAGUCAUCAUCUCUGCAUCUGACAGCUUUUAUUUGUGUGUGUGAUAAAUGAUAAAACACAAUUGAGGAGAAUCAGAACAAAGCAAACCUUGAAACACCUUUGAUAUAAGUCACAAAAAUAAUUAAUUCCUCAUUUUCCAUUAAACAUGGCUCCUUGUAAACAUCACUAAUGAAAUUGGGCACAAAUAUUAUAUCAUUUUAUUGUUUUACAGCACGGAUCUGCACAUUUGUUUUCUAAUUAUGGUUCUUUAAAGUUCAAGCGUUCAGUCUGUGUGAUGGGUUUUCACAGCAGACUGAGUGGGUAAUAAUUUGAUCGUUAACCUUUUCUUCUCUAAAUAAGCUUUUUUUAUGUAUGCAUGUAUGUAACAGGCUAACGUCGUGAUUCUCUCAGCGCUCGUGACUUUUGUCAGCACAUGUCAAAAUUCAUCAUCAGAAAAAUGGUUGAAAAGUCAGAGUUUGGAUUUUCAUACUUUUUAUUCCUGUUUCUAAAACUUUUUCACAAACUUACCUCUCAACUCCAGAGCGUUCAACUAUGAGACCCGUCCGACGGUCACCUGUAAACACCUGCCGUGGGUGAGAGAUGGCAGCAACGCAGAGGUGAAGAGAAACGUGAACUGUGACCUCUAUGAGAAGAAAGGUGAGACUCCCAGUGUGUGUGUGUGUGAUGUUACCAAGAUCAGUGUGAAGAUGAGUUGUCUGACUUUUGUUUUCUCAAUCAAGUCUAUGUCAGGAAGUGCAUUGUGGGUAAAGGAGAAGACUACAGAGGGAAGGUUUUCACCACAAGAAGUGGGCUCACCUGCCAGCAGUGGUGGUCCAAGUUUCCUCACGAUCACAGGUGAGACUCUUCCUUUGUUUAUCAGACAGCAGACAGAAUUUUUUCAUAAAGCUCCAUCGAUCAAAUUAUUGAUUUUUGAAAACACCAGUCACAUAUAUAGUUGAGUGUUUUCCGUGCUGAAAUUAUUAAACAAACAUGUUCCUGUGUUGACACAGUUUGAAGAUCUAGAGCAAAGGCUCCAAAAUAUCACAGUCAAAGGUGUUUGUUUUCAGGUGGACUCCCACAGCUGCCAACGGUCUGGAGCUGAACUACUGCAGGAAUCCAGACGGGGAUCGAAUCGGUCCGUGGUGCUACACCACAGAUCCAGAGAGAAGAUACGAGAGCUGCAACAUCCCCCAGUGCAAAGAUGGUACGUCACAGCUGUAAACAAAGUUUUGGGGGAAAUCCCCAGAAAGUGAACAUAGUUAUUAAUCACUUACUUAUUCAAGUUUGAAAAGGAAGAAAGUGGAAAAUAACAGUUUAUCAUCUCACUCUGACUAAUUUCCCCAAAAUCAGAACUUUAAUUUUAUUUUCCAAUAAGUGCGACAAAUUACUUUAAGGCAAAAAUAAAAUGUUUAUAUGCUCUGAUGAAACUUCUCUUUAUGUUUUCCUCAAUAAUUACCACAGAAAUACAAAUUUAUCAUUAUUCACAUUGAGCUUCCUGCUAUGUGUGGACUUAAAGAUGUUGACUUUGGUUAACGGAGGCUAUAAUUAUCAAAUGUACAAGCUGAACACAGACUAUGUUUCCCUGUAAUUAGACCAAAUUAUACAGCGCUGCGUGAAGGAGAAAUCACAGCUAUAUCAGCUCCCUUUAAGGAAACGAUUUAGCUAUUAUAGGCCCUGUUUUAUUCAAUGUUUUCUCCUCUCACCUGUGUGUGUGUGUCGGCAGAGGUUUGUAUUACAUGUAAUGGGGAGGACUACAGAGGGCAGGUGGACCACACGGUGAGCGGCAGAGAGUGUCAGAGAUGGGACCAGCAGUAUCCACACCAGCACAUCUACCAGCCUGAGAAGUAUCUAUUCACAUGUUUGCUGUGAUCGAUAUAGAAGUUAAAUUCACAGUGUAAAUCUCUUUGUUUUUUCAUUUAAUCUAAACAUUCAAACCAUUUUUUUUCCUGUCUUGUUCUUGUGUGUGUUUGUCUCAGAUAUCCCGAUAAGAGUCUGGAUGAUAACUACUGCCGUAACCCUGACGCCUCUCCAGUGCCGUGGUGUUACACCACAGACAGGGAGGUGGAGAGAGAAAACUGUGACAUCAGCAAGUGCAGUAAGAGGUUUUUAAUAAUAAAAAUAAUAAUAAUAAUAAUAAUGAUGAUGAUGAUAAUAAUUAUAAUGAUGGUAUUUAUGAUAAUAAUAAUAAUAAUAUUGAUGAUAAUGAUGAUGAUGAUAAUGAUAAUGAUAAUGAUAAUAAUAAUAAUAAUAAUAAUAAUAAUAAUAAUGAUGAUGAUGAAUCAUAAUAAUAAUAAUAAUAAUAAUAAUAAUGAUGAUGAUGAUAAUAAUAAUAAUAAUAAUAAUGAUGAUGAUGAUGAUGAUGAUGAUGAUGAUAAUAAUACAUUUUAUUUAUAAGCACCUUUCUGGACACUCAAGGACACUUUACAGAGUAAAAACAACAGGAUAAAAGCAAUAGAGAAAACAAAACAGGGAAAAAAGUAUAUAUAUAUGUAUGUAUAAAUAAAACAAACGAAAACACGACAAGGUAAAUUAUAAGGAGUGUGCUAAUCUGAACAGGUGAGUUUUGAGUCUGGAUUUGAAGAUAGGGAGAGAGUUGAUAUUCCGGAUGUCAGGUAUAUAUUUAUAAAUAUACAUAUAUACAUAUGAAAUUCUGACUGACAUCAAAUGAAAGCAAACUUAGGAAUGGAAAAUUUCACAACUGAGGUGUUUUUUUUCUUCUAGAUGUUGAGAUAUGCAGCUUUUAUCACAAUAUUAAUACAUCGAGAUUGAUAAAUCCAGCAGAUACUAAAGAUAAAAAUGAUAACACUGCAUUAAUUUGUCCUGCGACAUCUCUUUCUUUAAUCACGACUUUUUUUCUUGUUACCUUUGCUUUGUUUUUGUCAUUAGUUUCCUCUUGCAACACAGGAGGGACUUGAACUAAAUGGAGUCGUUAUGUACCAUCAGGAGACAUAAUCAGAGAGUCUCAUUAAGUCGCUGUAAUUAAAUUUAGAAAAAUCACCUUUUUGGUGUUUGUGCAGAUUACUUCCUAAAUAGUCAAACUCUCUAUUUGUGAAUCACAUUGCCUCUUUGAUUUAAGGUAAACGCUGCUGGUGUGCAGAUGUUUGUUAGCGAUUGAAGCCCUGCGCUGAGCCACAGGGUCUCAGGUUAAUUAAAGGUUAAUCACAAUGCUUUUUCUUGUUGAAUUUCUCUUUAUGCGCCUUAUUUUGCAUUUUUGUUUUGUUUCCUGUGAGUUCCUGCGAGGACAGACAGGAAAAUGAUUUUUUUCAAAUACACUUUGAAGAAUUUAAAGUGAUGCUUGUGACAGACAGAGUACGACUAUUUUACUGCAAUUGUUUUACAUGCUUAGUUGUGUUCAAAAAGACUUAUUUGGGAGCUUUACGUGCCUUUAUUAAGAGAGUGGGGUACUGAGAAGAGUACCAGCAACCCUGUAUGAUUGUUUUCACAUGGUAUAGGCAUUAUAAAGUAAAGUGAACAAUUUCUAGGCUUUAUCUGUUACUUUAAGUCUCAAGUUUUUAAAAUUGAGACAUGAUGAACUUUCCUCUUCGAAUCUUGCGUAAAUAAAUAAAGCUGAAGGCAGGACAUUAGCGGUUUUUCCUGAAUUUCAACAUAAGUGUUGUGAAAUAACUCUGAAACUUGGACAUUUCGACUGAGGACUGAGAUCACUGCGACUAAAGUCUAUAACAUAGCACCAUCUUGUGGUGCAGACAGAGUCCAGUCUGCCUGCAGAGUCGGUUUUCAUCACCUUAAAAGCACAAGGAAAAUAAAACUCACCACUCUUUAUGAGAUGACAAAUGUCUUAUUCAAAUUUUAACCUUUUCUUCCGUUGUGAGUGUUUAUGCACAUUUUUGUUUCUUCAUCCAAGGAAAUAAAUUUGGUUAUAUGUGGUAACUCUCAUAAUCUGGCAGCGGAGAUGAUGAGUACAAAUAAAUAACUAAAAUAGAGAAGUGACAUACAGGAAGAGGACCAAAACAAACCAAAUCUUAAAACCUUUGGCCACACAACACACACAGAAUAAAAAAACACUAAAAAAAAAGGAAUAGUCAAGUUUGAAAGCAAAAACAACAGAAGACAUGAGGCUGGGAGAUUUGAUAUGAGGAACAAAGACCAGUUUAAGGAGGGAGACCUGAACACAUGGGCUGAAUACACAGAGGUGAGGCUAAUGAGCAGGUGGUACACACUCUGGGCGGGGCAGUCAGUACACAGACAACACACACACACACACACACACACAAAGGCAGGAAGUGAAGAAUUAGAGAGGAGUGAGUGUAAAAUUUAACAACACUAGAUAAGCUCUUGAGGUUAGCGACGGAGGAAUGUCAAUGAAAAACGCAAAAACCAAAGUUUAACCUCGAAAAUUAGAAGUAAACAAAGAUGGACCUGUUUCAACUUCACUCAGACCAUCACCAUGAAUGAUGCUUCUUCUUAUCUUCAGACUAUAAUGUCAUUUAUCUUAUAUCUAUUAAAAAAAACUCCCAAUAGGAUCUUUAAUUAUAUGAAGAUUUGCACUCAUUACUAAUUAAAGUCUUACAUAAUUGAACUUUAAAAAAUCAAAAGAUGUCCUCGAUUUUUAUUUGCUCAUUUAUGUCCUCCUCAUUGUUAUCCUUUCCUCCAGCUGAGGUGCAGGUGGAGAAACGUCAACGCUCCAGCUUCACCACAAACUGUUUCCGGGGCCGUGGGGAGGAUUACCGAGGCAAAGUCAACGAAACAACAUCAGGGAUCUCCUGUCAGCGGUGGGACGCACAGUACCCUCACGAGCAUCCUUUCUACCCCAACACAUACGAAUGCAAGUGAGUACCCGACAUGUUAAGACGUGCGGCGUGAGAGCCGGAUAUAUAAGAGUGGUUUAUUAUCUGCACUCAUAACCUGCUGGUUUUUAAGAGCUCUGUUUGCUUCAUACAUUAAUAUUAAUGUCAGGGUGUCACUGCAGUGAAAUAUGUUGCAGUCUUAUUUCUCUGCAGGCAGCUGACAGUUGAUGAUAGAUGGUCAGAGAUCCACUUUAAGAAAAACAAAAAACAGCUGCAAUCUGAACAGCACUGUGGAUGUGAAGUGAAUACUUGAGGCUUUUUUAUGAGGCUGUGAAUAUUCAUUAUGACACAUUUGAUUAUUAGUAAGUUACAACAAAUAAGAAAUCCAAAUAAAAAACUGUAUAGAAAAAGAACAUUAUUGAUGAAAUAUCGGAAAUUUUUGUUUCCAUAUUUGCAGAAAAGUUUAAACAAAAUGAUAUUUUUUUAAUCUAAUUUGUGCUAUGUUAAAAUUAGUAAUUAUCUCUAUUUGAUUUCUAUAACCAUGGUCCUUUAAGGCAACAGGUCUGCUCAAAGAUUUGCCUAAAAGAAGAUGAUGCUUCUUAUCUCUGAUUGGACUUUUCUUUAAACUGACAAGAAGUAACUAAAUAUGCAAGGAACCUGUGAUCUUUACCACCAACAUUGUCCCAAAGUUAAAAUUUGGCUUUUUUGUUGACUGAAAAAAAUCACAGCUCUUUUUCUGAUUCAUCACUUUCACUUUUUAAACUCUUUCUAUUGCACAAGUUUUCACGAAAACCAAGACAAACUUUCAAAACCUUGAGGCUUGAGGCUGUUCAUGUCUGAAUCACUGCAGAAUACGGAAGCCCUAAGCAGACGUAGUUUAUUCAUUUAUUUUUAGCCCCGUUUUCUCGAGACUACAAGAUAGUUUUCUCAUGAUCUCGAAUAAAACAAGUCUUCGUGAAUGUGGUAUUUAAUUUUUUUUAACCCCCGUUUUCUUGAAAUCAUGAGAAAACUAUCUUGUGAUCUCGAGAAAACAAGGCUUUGUUUUGUUUUGUCUCACAUGCCACACUUCGUCUGCACAUACCAAGAAGCACCGGAGCAAAAGCCUAAUAAUCAUGACAAUAAAUAAUUUUGGGGUGAUCUGUUCCCGUAAAGUUCAUAGAGUGUGCAUCUUACCAUAUGCAUCUUACACCAUGCACAGAGAUCAGCCUAAUGUUUCUAGUCCACCGCAAAAUUAAUUUAUGAUCUUGAGAAAACAGAGGUAAAAAAAAUAAAUAAAUCAUGUCUGCUUAGGGCUUCCGUAGCAGAGUAAGAUAUCUUCCUAAAAGAAUUUCAAACUUAGUUCAGCUGUUUAAGAGACCAGCACAUAUACAGUAACAGGAGAUUAAACCAAAACUAAAACUUCUUGUGCUUUGGAACUUUAAUUAAGUUCUAACCUGUUAGUCUGCUCUACAGCUGAAUGAACCUAAUCGUUCCCCCCCUAACUGUGUGUGCUACAUCUCCUUCAGAGGUUUGGAGGAGAACUACUGUCGUAAUCCAGAUGGGUCUGAGGCUCCCUGGUGCUUCACAUCUGUGCCUGAGAUGAGGACGGCUCUGUGCUUACAGAUCAAACGCUGCGCAGACGACAUCGAGGCUGAAGGUGAAACUUCCUGUUCAGAUUUGAGCAAUUAGAGCGGAUAAAAGAGCUAAAAUUCAGAGAACAAACAGAGGACGUGACCUCAGCGUCACUGUCAGCAACACUUAUUUUGUUCUUGAUGAUGUCUCUGUUUUUUAGAUUGCUACCAGGAAAAUGGGAGAAACUACAGAGGCAUGGUCCGCAAAACUCGUAAAGGCAUCACCUGCCAGAAGUGGAACGUUAACACACCUCACCGAACCAAGUACGAUGAUCACUUACUCGCAUGAAAUAAACUCUUUAGCCAAAUUAAGUAGAGAAUAUUUAUGUAAUUCUCAAAUGAGUGAGUUUAAUGCUCUUUCUUCACUAUUUCUAACAUUUAUGAAAUGCCAAAAGCUUUAAAAAAACAUGUUUGAUGUUCCAGGAUUAACCCAUCAACUCAUCGUGACGCCAAUCUGACUGAGAACUACUGUCGUAACCCAGACGGGGACCAGCAUGGACCCUGGUGCUACACUACUGACCCCAAAACUGAGUUUGACUACUGUGCCAUCAAACAGUGUGGUACACCAUCAGACUUACCUCUGCCUGUUAAGAUCCUCCACGCAGUUUUCUGGUUUUUGUACACAUUUAAUCAUCUGUUUCUUUUAUUUCCAACAGCCGGGGAGAGAGUGUCCGUGUCUGAACCUGUAGGUUAGUUUCUCAAUGAUGGAAAAGAUGCAAAAUUGUGAAGAAGACGACAAAUUUCUUGCAGUAAAAUUAUCACCCUUCUUUAUGUGAACGCAGAGGAGGGGGAGUUCAGCGAGUGCGGAAAGCGAGACGACCGCCUACCCAGGACGAGGAUGCGGAUUGUGAACGGCGUUCCUGGGAACUCGCCCUGGACAGUGAGUCUCAGAGACAGGUGAGUCCAACAGCUGAUGGAGUUUGAGCCGUCCAUGAGUAAACUAAAAACACUCGUGAAUGUCUCUGACUCUUUUGUGUGCAGGAAGGGAAACCAUUUCUGUGGGGGAUCCCUGGUAAACCCCCGAUGGGUGAUCAGCACCAAGCAGUGUUUCUCCUCCUGGUAAUCUUGAUAAACUGUGAGAAUUUUUGUGACGACUAUCUUCUCAGAAACAAAAGAUCCUGGUAAUACUUUAACCGUAGACCUACGUUAUCAGAGCUCAAGUGACAAGGCUUUAACUGCAGGUGUGAAUGCUCAUCAGUCAAUGCAUGCUGGGAUCUAAGGAGGCAGUCCACAUAUAUAGGUGGUCUAGGAAGCAUAUGUCCACAUUGGUUUGAUAGUGUGAAGCUCCAUGUGUGCUGGGCUACACCAAAGACUCUCUCCCCUUACUUAUCCACAAAUAACUACAACCAAUAUUUCUCUGCUGUGUCUCGAAAAAACACAUUUUUGAUAAUUUACUGUAAAUGCUUCUUAAAAUUUGGAAUUUCCCCCUGUGGCACUAUUAAAGGAACGUCUUAUCUUACCUAAUCUUAUUUGUUAACGUGAACUAGUGAAGAUGUUGUCUUUGUAAUGGAGCUAGGUGUACAAAAUUUUUGAAAAAGUAAAAAAUACAGGAUAUAUUUAUUCAGUGAGGGAGAGUACAUUUAAUUCUCCAAAUGAGAGAAUUUCUGAUUUGCUGUUGUCUUUUCUUUUUGUGUUGUUUUUUUUUUUUUGAUUUGCCGUUGUGUUGUGCACCUCAGGGCCACCGUAGAAGAGAAUGAAAACUUACGUAAAAGAUGUGAUGAAGGAGUUUGUCCGUUCGUCUGAUCCGUCUGGCUGUUCUUCAUGCUCUUUCAUGGUCUUUUGAUGCAUAAGCAGUGGGAUCUAUCCUGUAUUUUGGUGCACACAAACUCCUUCAUCACAUCUUUUACGUAAGUUUUCACUCUCUCCUUACGAUGGCCCUGAGGUGCAAAACACAACGGCAAAUCAGAAAUUCUCUCAUUUUGAGAAUUAAAUGUACUCCUUCUCAGGGCCACCGUAGGAGAGGGUGAAAACUUAGCGUAAAAGAUGUGAUGAAGGAGUUAGUCUGUUAGUCUGAUCUGUCUGUCUUUUGAUGCAUAAGCAGUGGGAUCUAUCCUGUAUUUUGGUCCACACCCUAAUAUAAUGCAUGAUCAGAUUACCUCCACAUGCUGUUUAUAACGGCAGAAGAGCUGAACUGUAUGCAUAAUCAUGAUAUCUGCCAGAAAAGUAAACUAUCAGUAACUACAUGAACAUUUCUGUCGACCAUUUUCGUUUACAAGUGACCAUGAAAAUGUGAAAUUUGACAAAAGAAUCUAAGCAUUAGGAUUGAAGUUUGUUCUCACGGUCUUUAUCGAAAAAUAGUGAGGAAUUGCUUGAGUUCCCAUGUUGUAUUGACGCUGUUACAACGUUUAAGGCUGACUUCUGCUCUCGGUCCUCAGCUACGUAGACCUUCCCGGCUACACAGCCAUGAUGGGAACACUGUUUCGAGAUCCCCGAGAAGGAGAGCCCGGUGUGCAAACCAUCCCUCUCACCAAGAUCGUCUGUGGACCCUCUGAGUCUCAGCUGGUUAUGCUACAACUUGAAUAGUAGGAACUGUCAAGUCCAUAAAAUACACACAAAGAGGAAAAACGCACAAUCAGACAGUUAUUUAAUUCCCCUUUUGACUCCUCUCUCUCUUCAGCCCAGCCCAGUUUAAUGAGCGUAUCUCUCAGAUCUGCCUCCCUCCUGAGCGCUACAUUGUACCUGAGGGGACAUCCUGUGAGAUCGCAGGAUGGGGUGAGACAAGAGGUCGGUACAGUGUGAAAAAUACAUCGGCUUUUAUGCUCAAUUGAUGAUAUGUAACAAGAAUCCUCUGGAGUAAUGCUGCGUCUAAAUAAGAUAUCUAUUCAGACGGUUGAGCAGCAGAUGGCUUUACCAUUUCCAGAAGCAUCCAGCAUCUGUCCAGCUUUCUCUCCUCUCCAUCGUCACUCUGAAAACAUGAUCUCUUAAAGGUACCGGAGAUGAGACCGUCCUCAAUGUGGCCCACAUACCCGUCCUCAGUAACAGGGAAUGCAACAAAUACUUCAGAGGUCGGGUACGAGAGAAUGAAAUGUGCACAAACUCCUUUCAGGGAGGAGUUGGCGCUUGUGAGGUAGGUGUCUUUACAAAAGUCCUCAAGCUUACUUGCUAGAAAAGGAGUGAAAAAUCCUAAUCCCAGCAGCUUGAAGGUACACUUACAAACAUGUUUUAUCUUGUUUGUUCAGCUCUGAGCCCCUAGACAAAGUCAUGCUGGUUAUUCUCAUGUUUCUGGUUUUGUGCUACUUUUAAGCAAACUGGCUGCAGCUCUUCAAAUUGAAUUAAAUUAAAUUAAAUCCUCUGAUGUCAAAGUUGUACCGAUUUUUCAUCCAAGCCUCGGCAACAAGCGAGUAGACAUGUUUUCAAAAGUGUUUGUUUAAUGGUGUUUAAGACUAACACCUUAAAGUCCUGAGAAUAAAUGCCUCAAAUUGCUCUAAGUAAAGAGCACAACUAUUUAUAUGUUCCUAUAAAUCAAACACUCUCACCAUAUGGAUAAUGGAGGCUGGGCCCGGACAAGCUGUGACUGCAACAUGUUUCCAACCUCAGCAGUGACACUCAGUCAUAACAGAGACAAAUAAUGACUCCACAAUGUUGUUCCUGUGUGUCUGCAGAGAGACUACGGCGGCCCUCUGGCUUGUCAGAACAGAGAGUGCUGGGUACUCGAGGGAGUGAUCAUCCCCAUGAGGCGGUGCGGACACCCGGGACAGCCCAACAUCUUCAUCCGCGUGUCUUUCUACGUGGACUGGAUUAAGAAGGUCAUGGAGAUGGCUUAGAGAGGGUUUCAGCCAUCCAACAUGGACUGAUGAAACACACCGUUGUCAAAGCCCUCGGUUACACCAGUUAUUCUCUUAAUUCUGUACAUUUUUAUCUCCUCUGAUGUGUCUUUUUCUUUAAAAAUAUUCAUAUUGCAUCCAAACGGUUAUUGUUUAAGUUACAACACCAAUAUAUUGUUUAAAAAAGUGCUUAAAAUGCAAAGAUAGUUUAACAAUUUCAUACAAAAAUACUGACUUUAAAUUAAUAAGCAUGAGUUUUAAUAUGUGGUGAAUGUUUUCGCCGGAGAGACUAAAAAAAAGGCCUUUUAAGAAACUAUGAAUAGUCUAAGAAAAUAAAGUUACAGAGAGAUUUCUUGAUGAGAAAUGUUAUUGAAAGACAUCUUUACCGUGUUUUAGACAGUUUAGUAUUUUGUGUGUAGAACUUUUAUAAUAAAGACACCGUUGCAACUUUAA